AUGCUUGCCACUAUCCUCGAAGUACCCAUUCCGAACGCGCUCAUCGCUCUAUCAGUGAUCGCCAUCUCCGCCCUGUUCGUCAGGAGCAUACUACCCGGAGACCGCAGCAUCGACCUGCCCGGACCUCGAGGCUGGCCCAUCUUUGGAUCCUGGUUCGACCUCGGCGACAACUGGGCCGAGCAUUUUCGACAGGCAGCCAAAACAUACGGUGAUGUGCGGCAAUCCUUUGAAACCAUCUAUACUUUUCUGAUCCGCGCUGACACUGUGUGCUUUGAUUUCCGCGUCCUCUCGAAAUCAUCCGCCUUCACCAUCGGCACCUCACCCUGGAACGAAAGCACAGCCAACAAACGCAAAGCCGCCGCUACGGCUCUCAACCGUCCAGCUGUACAGUCCUACCUGCCCAUCAUACGGCAGGAGUCGUUGGAUGCCAUCCGACGGAUCCUCAAAGAUGGCGAGGGUGGGAGGAAGGGCAUCGUUCCGUAUGCAUACUUUCAACGUCUUGCGCUGAACACCAAUUUUCAGGUCAAUUAUGGGUUUAGGAUGGAGGAGAGGGACGAUGGGUUGUUCGAGGAGAUCGCAGAGGUGAUUGCCAAAGUAGCGUCCGUUCGAGCAGUGACCGGCUCGUUGCAGGACUACGUACCCAUCAUGCGAUACUUUCCGGCAAAGUCCCAGGCUGCAGCUUCGUACGGUCUUCGUCGCAAAAAGUUCAUGGACAAGCUGUACGACGAGCUGGAACAGCGCAUAGCCCAGGGAAAGGACGAGAUCUGCAUCACGAUGAUCUGGACCAUUGGGUACCUCGCCAAGCACCCGUCCAUCCAACACAAAGCCCACUCGGAGCUCGUCACCCACAACCCCUCCCACCAACUACCGGACGUUUCCUCCCCCCCGCAAUUCCCCUACAUCCACGCCAUAGCCAAAGAAGCAUCUCGCCUCUUCACAGUAUUCCGCAUCUCUCUACCGCGAACCAACGUUCGUUCGGUCGUCUACGGCAACACGACCAUCCCCAGCGGAACCACGUUCCUGCUCAACUCGUGGGCGUGCAACCUCGACGCUUCGCGCUUCCCUUCACCGAUGGAAUUCCGACCGGAACGGUUCCUCCAGUCGCACGGCGUCGAGACCUACUCGUUCGGGGUAGGUCGUAGAUCGUGCCCAGGUGCGUUCUUGGCGCUGCAGGAGAUCUACACGACACUGGUGUUCUUGAUCCACUUUUUCGAGAUCGAGCCGGAGGGCGAGUUCGAGAUUGAUCCACUGACGGCGGUGGAGGACGGGAGGGGGUUUAGUGUCAGACCGAGGCCGUUUAGGGUUAGGUGCGUGGUGAGGGAGGGCGUGGAUCUGUCGCCUCUGGGAGACGCGGAGUGA